AUGGUGUCUUUGGAGGCUUUGCAUGCAAUUUUAAAAACUGGAAAUAAAAUAAAAGAAAGAGAGGGUUUGGACUCAAACCCUUUUGUGGAUUUAAUUGAACAGGCCGACGGAGCUGCUGCCCUCGAGAGGCUCCAAGAAAGCAGCAACGACAGCGUCUUCAAAAAGGUCUUCGCCAUAAUUUCGACUUAUUUUCCCUAUGAAGAAGAUGAGCCAGUUGCUGCUGAGGGCCCCACAGCUUUCGGUGCUGAGGCUCCUCAGGGGGGUUUUAAGUUCAAUUGA